GCCCGCCCCCGGGGCGCGCUCGCAGACCGAGAUAUGAGGAUCAAUGAUGCAGACUGCUGGGUUCAAUGAAGCUGGACAUUUUUAACUAGAUUCAUUAAGGAAUACAAAGAAAAUAUUUAAAGGGAUCAAUAAUGGUGUCUUCUGGUUGCAGAAUGCGAAGUCUGUGGUUUAUCAUUAUAAUCAUAUUCUUUCCGAAUACAGAAGGUUUCAGCAGAGCAGCUUUACCAUUUGGGUUAGUUCGGCGAGAAUUGUCCUGUGAAGGUUAUUCUAUAGAUCUGCGUUGUCCGGGCAGUGAUGUCAUCAUGAUUGAGAGUGCUAACUAUGGUCGGACAGAUGACAAGAUUUGUGAUGCUGACCCAUUUCAGAUGGAGAAUACAGACUGCUACCUCCCAGAUGCCUUCAAAAUUAUGACUCAGAGGUGCAACAAUCGAACACAGUGUAUAGUAGUUACUGGGUCAGAUGUAUUUCCUGAUCCAUGUCCUGGAACAUACAAAUAUCUUGAAGUCCAGUAUGAAUGUGUCCCUUACAUUUUUGUGUGCCCUGGGACCUUGAAAGCAAUUGUGGACUCACCAUGUAUAUAUGAAGCUGAGCAAAAGGCAGGUGCUUGGUGCAAGGACCCUCUUCAGGCUGCAGAUAAAAUUUAUUUCAUGCCCUGGACUCCCUAUCGUACCGAUACUUUAAUAGAAUAUGCUUCUAUAGAAGAUUUCCAAAACAGUCGCCAGACAACAACAUACAAACUUCCAAAUCGAGUAGAUGGUACUGGAUUUGUGGUAUAUGAUGGUGCUGUCUUCUUUAACAAAGAAAGAACGAGGAAUAUUGUGAAAUUUGAUUUGAGGACUAGAAUUAAGAGUGGAGAGGCCAUAAUUAACUAUGCCAACUACCAUGAUACCUCACCGUAUAGAUGGGGAGGAAAGACUGAUAUCGACCUAGCAGUUGAUGAAAAUGGCUUAUGGGUCAUUUAUGCCACUGAACAGAACAAUGGAAUGAUAGUCAUUAGCCAACUGAAUCCAUACACUCUUCGAUUUGAAGCAACGUGGGAGACUGUGUAUGACAAACGUGCUGCAUCGAAUGCUUUUAUGAUCUGCGGAGUCCUCUACGUGGUCAGGUCAGUUUAUCAAGACAAUGAGAGUGAAACAGGCAAGAACACCAUUGACUACAUCUACAAUACCCGAUUAAACCGAGGAGAAUAUGUGGAUGUCCCCUUCCCCAACCAGUACCAGUAUAUCGCUGCAGUGGAUUACAAUCCUAGAGAUAACCAACUCUACGUAUGGAACAAUAACUUCAUUUUACGAUAUUCUCUGGAGUUUGGUCCACCUGAUCCUGCCCAAGUGCCUACCACAGCUGUGACAAUAACUUCUUCAGCUGAGCUGUUCAAAACCACAGUAUCAACCACAAGCACUACUUCACAGAAAGGCCCCAUGAGCACAACUGUAGCUGGAUCCCAGGAAGGAAGCAAAGGGACAAAACCACCUCCAGCAGUUUCUACAACCAAAAUUCCUCCUGUAACAAAUAUUUUUCCCCUGCCAGAGAGAUUCUGCGAAGCAUUAGAAGCCAGGGGGAUAUGGUGGCCUCAGACACACAGGGGAGCGAUGGUUGAACGGCCGUGUCCCAAGGGAACAAGAGGAACUGCCUCGUAUCUCUGCAUGGCUUCCACUGGAACAUGGAACCCUAAGGGCCCUGAUCUUAGCAACUGUACCUCACACUGGGUGAAUCAGCUGGCUCAGAAGAUUAGAAGUGGAGAAAACGCCGCUAGUCUUGCCAAUGAACUGGCUAAACAUACCAAAGGGCCGGUGUUUGCUGGGGAUGUGAGUUCUUCAGUGAGAUUGAUGGAGCAGUUGGUGGACAUUCUUGAUGCACAGCUGCAGGAACUGAAACCUAGUGAAAAAGAUUCAGCUGGACGGAGUUAUAACAAGCUCCAAAAACGAGAGAAGACAUGCAGGGCUUACCUUAAGGCAAUUGUUGACACAGUGGACAACCUUCUGAAACCUGAAGCUUUGGAAUCGUGGAAGCACAUGAAUUCUUCCGAACAAGCGCAUACUGCAACGAUGUUACUGGAUACGUUGGAAGAAGGGGCUUUUGUCCUGGCUGAUAAUCUGGUAGAACCAACCAGAGUCUCAAUGCCCACAGAAAAUAUUGUCCUGGAAGUUGCAGUUCUCAGUACAGAAGGACAGGUUCAGGACUUCAAAUUUCCUCUGGGCAUCAAGGGAGCAGGCAGCUCAAUCCAGCUCUCUGCAAACACUGUCAAACAGAACAGCAGGAAUGGGCUUGCAAAGUUGGUGUUCAUCAUUUACCGGAGCCUGGGACAGUUCCUCAGUACAGAAAAUGCAACCAUAAAACUGGGUGCUGACUUUAUUGGCCGUAAUAGCACCAUUGCAGUGAAUUCCCACGUCAUUUCGGUUUCAAUCAAUAAAGAAUCCAGCCGAGUGUACUUGACAGAUCCUGUGCUUUUUACCCUGCCACACAUUGAUCCUGACAAUUACUUCAAUGCAAACUGCUCCUUCUGGAACUACUCAGAGAGAACUAUGAUGGGAUAUUGGUCUACCCAGGGCUGCAAGCUGGUUGACACUAAUAAAACUCGUACAACGUGUGCAUGCAGCCACCUAACCAAUUUUGCAAUUCUUAUGGCCCACAGGGAAAUCGCAUACAAAGAUGGAGUUCACGAAUUACUCCUGACAGUCAUCACCUGGGUGGGAAUUGUCAUUUCCCUUGUUUGCCUGGCUAUCUGCAUUUUCACCUUCUGCUUUUUCCGUGGUCUCCAGAGUGACCGUAAUACAAUUCACAAGAAUCUUUGUAUCAACCUUUUCAUUGCUGAAUUUAUUUUUCUAAUAGGCAUUGAUAAGACAGACUACAUGAUUGCGUGCUCAAUAUUUGCAGGACUUCUACACUUUUUCUUUUUGGCUGCUUUUGCCUGGAUGUGCUUAGAAGGUGUACAGCUCUAUCUAAUGUUAGUUGAAGUUUUUGAAAGUGAAUAUUCAAGGAAGAAAUAUUACUAUGUUGCUGGUUACUUGUUUCCUGCCACAGUGGUUGGAGUUUCAGCUGCUAUUGACUAUAAGAGCUAUGGAACAGAAAAAGCUUGCUGGCUUCAUGUUGAUAACUAUUUUAUAUGGAGUUUCAUUGGACCUGUUACUUUCAUUAUUCUGCUAAAUAUUAUCUUCCUGGUGAUCACAUUGUGCAAAAUGGUGAAGCACUCAAACACUUUGAAACCUGAUUCCAGCAGGUUGGAGAACAUUAAUAAUUACCGUGUUUGUGAUGGCUACUAUAAUACGGACUUACCUGGGUCUUGGGUGCUUGGCGCUUUCGCUCUUCUGUGUCUUCUUGGCCUAACCUGGUCAUUUGGGUUGCUUUUUAUUAAUGAGGAGACUAUAGUGAUGGCAUAUCUCUUCACCAUCUUUAAUGCUUUCCAGGGAGUGUUCAUUUUCAUCUUUCACUGUGCUCUUCAGAAGAAAGUGCGAAAAGAAUAUGGCAAGUGCUUCAGACACUCGUAUUGCUGCAGCGGCCUCCCAACGGAGAGUCCCCACAGCUCAGUGAAGGCAUCCACCACCAGGACCAGCGCUCGGUAUUCCUCUGGCACACAGAGUCGUAUAAGAAGGAUGUGGAAUGACACUGUGAGAAAACAAUCUGAAUCUUCUUUUAUCUCAGGUGACAUCAAUAGCACUUCAACACUUAAUCAAGGAAUGACUGGCAAUUACCUACUAACAAACCCUCUUCUUCGACCCCACGGCACUAACAACCCCUAUAACACAUUGCUCGCUGAAACAGUUGUAUGUAAUGCCCCUUCAGCUCCUGUAUUUAACUCACCAGGACAUUCACUGAACAAUGCCAGGGAUACAAGUGCCAUGGAUACUCUACCGCUAAAUGGUAAUUUCAACAACAGCUACUCACUGCGCAAGGGGGACUACACCGACGGCGUGCAGGUCGUGGACUGUGGACUAAGUCUGAAUGAUACCGCUUUUGAGAAAAUGAUCAUUUCGGAGCUAGUGCACAACAACCUACGGGGCAGCAGCAAGACUCACAACCUGGAGCUCACGCUCCCAGUCAAGCCUGUGAUCGGCGGGAGCAGCAGCGAGGAUGAUGCCAUCGUGGCCGACGCGUCCUCUCUCAUGCACGGCGACCACCCGGGGCUGGAGCUGCACCACCGAGAGCUGGAGGCCCCGCUCAUCCCUCAGCGGACUCACUCCCUUCUGUACCAGCCACAGAAGAAAGUGAGGCCCGAGGGCACGGACAGCUACGUCUCCCAGCUGACCGCCGAGGCCGAGGACCACCUGCAGUCGCCCAACAGGGACUCCCUUUACACGAGCAUGCCCAACCUCAGAGACUCUCCCUACCAGGAGAGCAGCCCGGACAUGGAGGAAGACCUGUCUCCCUCCCGGAGGAGCGAGAACGAGGACAUUUACUACAAGAGCAUGCCCAACCUGGGGGCUGGCCGCCAGCUCCAGACGUGCUACCAGAUCAGCAGGGGCAACAGCGACGGGUACAUCAUCCCCAUUAACAAGGAAGGCUGCAUCCCCGAAGGGGACGUGAGGGAAGGGCAGAUGCAGCUGGUGACCAGCCUUUAAUAGCGCAGCCGGGGAGUUCCAGGGGCCACCUGCGAGUAUUCACAAAGCAAGGCCGGUGGACCCCACGCAGACUCGGCCCCGCAGACAGCCCUCAUGACCUGUGGUUCCUCCCGUGUAAAAAAAGAUGACUGAACCUUGCCGUUCUGUGAAUUUUUAUAAAACAUACAAAAAAAAACAAAAAAAACCUUGUAUAUACACAGAGUAUACUAAAGUGAAUUAUUUGUUACAAAGAAAAGAGAUGCCAACCAGGUAUUUUAAGAUUCUGCUGCUGUUUAGAGAAAUUGUGAAGCGAGCAAAACGCAACUUUCCAGCCAUUUUACCGCAGCAGUUUGCGAACUAAAUUUGUAAAUAUGGCUGCACCAUUUUUUUGUAGGCCUGCAUUGUAUUAUAUACAAGACGUAGGCUUUAAAAUCCUGUGGGACAAAUUUACUGUACCUUACUGUUCCUGACAAGACUUGGAAAAGCAGGAGAGAGAUUCUGCAGCAGUUUGCAGUUCACUGCAAAUCUUUUCCAUUAAGGCAAAGAUUGAAACCAUGUUUAACCACUAGCAAUCAAGCCACAGGCCUUAUUUCGUAUGUUUCCUCAACUGUACAAUGAACUAUUCUCAUGAAAAAAAAAAAUGGCUAAAGAAAUUAUAUUUUGUUCUAUUGCUAGGGUAAAAUAAAUACCUUUGUGUCCAACUGAAAUAGAAUUGUCAUUAAAAUAAUUUUAAAGAGUUUGAAGAAAAUAUUGUGAAAAGCUCUUGGUUGCACAUGUUAUAAAAUGUUUUUUCUUACACUUUGUCAUGGUUCUGCCCAUUGUCACUUAGUUUCCACUGUAUACAAGUGUUCUGCUCUGACAUGUUAGUUUUAUCCUUACAUUUAAAUUCCUUAUUGCCAAAAGAACGUGUUCUAUGGGGAGAAAAGUCUUUGAAGCCAGUCACGCCAUGCCUUGCACAACCGUGGUGAAAUCUAGAAAAGAUUGCGUGUUGCCCUCCGUUUAUUCUUGAACCGAGGGCAGAGAGGGCACGAGGCACUUCGCACAAACUUUCUAGUGAACAGAAGGUGCCUCUUCUUUUUUAAAAUAAAAUGAAACAUAAAUAUUACUCUUCCAUCUUCCUUCCGCCUAUAUUUAGUAAUUAAUUUAUUUUAUGAUAAAGUUCUAAUGAAAUGUAAAUUGUUUCAGCCAAAUUCUGCUUUUCUUUGCAUCCCUUUGUGUAAACCUGUUAAUAAUGAGCCCAUCACUAAUAUCCAGUGUAAAGUUUAACACGGUUUGACAGUAAAUAAAUGUGAAUUUUUU